AUGCCGUCCGGAACGCUGUUCGACGGCACUUUCUGGUGCGAGCCGUGCAACAGAACAUUCAAGUCCUGGGAAUUACUCCAUAACCACAAAGGAAAGAUGAGUGACGCAGGCAAGGAGAAUCAUAUUCACUGCAAGAUUUGCAGUGCAGACUUCGAAACCAAAGAGGCACACGCCAUCCACCUUCAGCGGGAUCAUCCUACCGCUCAGAAUCUGUAUUGCCCUGGAUGCAAGAAGGGCCCUUUCUUCCGUGUUGGAGGCCUCAUAUCUCACGUUCAGAAAGAGUGUCCAUCUUUGAGCAGCAAGAAGAUUGAGGAACUCCGUGAGCAGAAUAUGGGGUUCUCCCAGUCUUUUCAGCUGGCCACCAACGAGCCGGUCAAGUCCGACUUCAAAAACUACAUGCCGUCAGCCAAUGCUACUAGCAGCACUUGGGGCGUCCAGAACGAAGCCAGCCCCUUUUCACUUGAGCAGAAGCAGUUCCCUCAACUCGGUGCUCCCGGUUCUGAUGCACAACUGGCCAGCAAGGGCAACACCAAAGAAAACGAAAAUGACUGGAACAAGGGAAAGAAUUUGUUCCCAAACACUCCUGCGGCUCAGCGCCCGACUCAGCAGCAGCUCCAGCAGGCUACCGCUCCCAAUGCUCGAGCUGCCCAUGAUCUCUUGAGCGAGCAUAGCCCUGAUCAUCCAAACUUCAAUGUGGGCCGUUACUAUUGUACCUACACCGACAAGUUCAACUGUCCUAUUGGCAGAUGUGGCAAGACCUUCAAGGCAGGCAAGGGACUGCUUGCCCAUCUUAAAUCUGAGUAUCACUCCGAGACCAAGUAUCGCUGCCCCUACUGCCUCAAUACAUUUGGAUCUCUGGCCUCCAUCACUCAGCACGUUGAGUCCAACGGAAGCAAGUGCCGUAUCCGGGAGACGGAUACCUACAGGCCCUACAUGAAUCAGCUACUGGCUGGCAUGGUUGACGUGGCUGACAAGGGUCACGACGAUGGAACUGUCAAGUUCGAGAUGUCCAAGGAUUUCAAACCUCACCAGGAGAAACCCAAGGCCAACCCUAAGACACCUGGAGGGAACUCAUUCGAUGAUGUCCAGUGGUAA